UUGCGUGUAGUUGGGCUUUGACAGAACACGCUGAAAACACACAUCAUGUAACAGAACGGUUGUGUUGUUUCGCGAAAUUUUGUGUACAAAUAAUUUCUAAACCCGCCGGUUGACCCACUCUUCACUGCAUUCGGCCAACAGCGACCACGGCCACUAUGUUUCACAUAUGGCGCACCACAACUCGCUGCAAACGAGCAGUACCGGGAUACGGUCACAUCCGGCGGAUACUGCAACCAGCGCCUUGCCGGCAGUUCCAUACACCCUGUCCGGUUCGGUAUUGUAGUGCCAAUAGCGUAAGGACGUUUGAUACAAUGUUGACCGCUAGACGUGCGGAGGCCAGAAGAAGCAUACUGGUGCAGGUGAGCUCGGAACGAUCGUACAACGAGUUGUACCAUUACUGUUCCCAGUUCGGCACCAUCGAAAGCUCCCACCACUACCGGGUGGAGGGUGAUGCGGAUGGCGAUUGUCACUACAUACUGCUCGAGUUUAGUUCGUCCGCCCAGGCGGAUGCCGCCAUGCAGUCCGGUGUGUUCAGUACCGAGCGGCCAGGCGUACGUGCGCGGUCCAUUUUCAUGUGGUUCCGCACCGGUCCCAAACCGAAACUAAUCGCACGCGAAGAACCCAAACGACCACUUGCCCUGGUAGCCGGUACAAAUGCGAUCGAAGAAGCGGAACUGAACGGUCUGCUCUCUUCGGCGGAAAGCAUCGACGAUCAGGUGACGAUACUAUAUCGUCUAACGAAGCUUAACGACCUGGGCAAGCGAUUACGCUUCCUGGCCGUGCGACAGCUGGAAUCUUCACUGCAGGGAAUGUUCCCGCAGGCGGUUGCCCAUCCGUUCGGUUCGUCCGUGAAUGGGUACGGUCGGAUGGGAUGCGAUCUGGACGUGAUACUCGAUCUGGACUCACGGUCCGGCGAACCACCGGAUCGAAACUCUCGGCUGGUGUACCACACCAAGGCAACCAAUCCGAACGAACGCACCCAAGUCCAACGGCAGCUGGAAUCGAUCGGAGAUGUGCUGCAGCUGUUUCUGCCCGGCGUUAACAGUGUGCGCCGAAUAUUGAAGGCUCGUGUACCGAUCGUCAAGUACCAUCAUGAGCAUUUGGACCUCGAAAUUGACCUCACGAUGAACAAUACGGCUGGGGUUUACAUGUCCGAGCUGUUGUAUCUGUUCGGACAGCUGGAUGCACGCGUCCGUCCGCUUACGUUCUGCGUGCGCCGUUGGGCACAAUCGGUCGGGCUAACGAAUCAAACGCCGGGCUAUUGGAUAACGAACUUUUCGCUCACCAUGCUGGUCAUGUACUUCUUGCAACAGCUAUCCCGCCCCAUACUGCCAUCCAUCAACCGAUUGAUUCAGCUCAGUGCGGCGGCAUCGUCACAUCAGCAGCCCAGCUCCCCACCGGUCACCCGGUUCGGUGAGGGUGAAGCCGAAUGGGCGUACACGUUCCUGAAAAACCCUUCCAUUUACGGGUCGUUCCGGAGCGACAAUGAGUCAACGCUCGAGCAGCUGUUGAUGGAGUUUUUCGAGUUUUACUCACAGUUUGAUUUUAACCAGCGUGCAAUCAGUCUCAACUUGGGCGCGACCAUCCUCAAACCCGACCACAGCCCCAUGUACAUCGUCAACCCGCUGGAAACGGUGCUGAACGUCAGCAAGAACGUUAAUCUCGAGGAAACGGAACUGUUCCGCAUGCAGGUACGCAAUGCCGUGUGGCUGUUGGAAGCGCACGGGAAAGAAUCUAGCACCGGCACCGGGCCGGGUGCUACCGAACCGUGGGGCCUCGUUAGUUUGUUCGGUCCAAAGCAGCAGCAGCGGAUAACGCCCCAAAUGUUCUUUACCAAGCGUAUGCUUAACGUUAAGGAUAUCUUCGACGAGGUGCCGGUGGAUGAACCGCAGACCACCACCACCCAGUAUCGGAAUACGGCGGUUAAAAACCAAAUCGCUGCCAUACAGCGGACGACAAAGGCAGAAAUACACAAGCUCAGUACGGGCGGGCCUCGGGUGGAUGCGAGGACUUCCAGCACCUCGCUAGAAGGAACGGGCGUAAAGCUAAAGCGAAACACAAAACGACGGUGAUAGUGGCCCGUUGAACCGUGAAAUAUUUGUUUAGAGAGAAGAGGAUUUAAAAUAAAAGAAACCGGAAAUGACACGAAACUUA